AGCGCGGGCGCCCCCGGGAGGUUCAGUCCCGCAGGCGCCGCCUGGGACCCCGGCCCAGCUCCCCGGGCCUCUCGGGACGCGCGACGGUUCGGUUCGAAGUGAGGUUCCUGAAGGCUUCAAGGAAAAGCCAAUUUAGGGAAGGCUCCAUGGCCCUAGGUGAAGAUGUGGCCGAGGCAGACGCAUCUGUCAACACGAAGGUCCCGUCCUGUGGCAGGUGGAACUCUGGGGAACAGGAGCUGCUGCCCCCAGGGCUUGAGCCACAGCAGCCCCCGCAUCUGGAAGUCAAGGGAGGGCCGCCGUGGAGGGCUGAGGCUGAUACCUCCUGCGUCUCUGGAGUUUUCAUGUCACAGGCCCACACUGCCAGCGGAGAACCGGUGGCACACAGGUCUGAGCCUGCCCUCAGUGGCCCACUUCCUUCUGCCAGCAUGGAGACUGGAGACUUUCAUCUCUCUGGAGGAAGCCACAUGGAGGAAAACAAGCUUCCUGCCUCCCAGGACCUACUUCAGAGGGUUAAAGUCCUUGGAACUAUAACUGUUUGCUCAGGGCAUGAUGUGGACAGAGAAGACGACCUGUCCCCAGUUGAUUCACCUCAGGUGCUGGGCCUCAGCCAGCAGCUUAACAUCUCACAGGGGAAGUCCAUGGAGAGCCCAGGUGUUCCUCAGCUCUCUGGCAGAAGCAUCUCUGCCUCCUCAGUGGACACCAGCCUCCAGGAUCACCGAGAGAAGGCAGAGCCUCAAAGUAGCGUCUUUGUCAAGGUCUCCUCUCAGGAGUUGAUUGUACCUCAAGGAGCCCCCUCUGUGGUGGGGACAGGGCCUCAGCCCCUGUGGUCACCACAGCCUGUGACUCCUGGGGGUGAUGCUACUGGCCUGGGUAAGAGACAACUCUCCUUUCAGGCAGAGUACUGGGCCUGUGUGCUGCCAAAUUCUCUGCCUCCCUCUCCUAACCGCCACUCCCCACUCUGGAACCCAAAUAAAGAGUAUGAAGAUCUCCUUGACUACACUUACCCACUGAGGCCUGGGCCUCAGCUCCCAAAGCAACUGGAGCGUCACGUGCUGGCUGACCCUGUCAUGCAGGACUCGGGUGUAGAUCUGGACAGUUUUUCCGUCUCCCCAGCGAGCACUCUCAAGUCUCCCACUAAUAUCUCCCACAACUGCUUAUCAGCAGAAGGGCCUGCUCUGCCCUUUUCUGGAGCCAAGGACCCAUGCCUUAAGCGUUGGCCUUUGGGAGUAUCCCAGAAACAGGACAGCAUAAGCCUGGCAUCUUGGAACCAGCAUGCAUCAACCCCUAGAGCCUCAGGCACUAAGAAUGCUUCCCGGGAGAAGAGAGAGGCAGCCUGGAGGGACACAAAGGACUCUCCACCUACAGGCAAGAAACUCAGUGUGGGCUCUCCCCAGCUGAGGACAAAGGAGAGGGGGUCACCCUUUCCCAGACUACAAAGGGAAAAGAGAGCCUGCCAGAAUGUUGGGCAUCCCUCCUGUGUGAAGCCUGGGUGGACAUCAGAAGAAGAGAUGGGAAGUGAUGAUGAGUAUCUUGCCCUGCCCACCAGGCUGACUCCAGUGUCCAGUUUGGUGUCCAGCCUAGGUGCCAUUCCCACCUUCGUGAACCUCCCCACUGGGGCUGCUGAGGAGCACAGUUCACUGGAAGUCUCAGACAGUGAUGGGCCAGUGUCCCCCACAUUGGACUCCAGCCAAAGGCAGCAUCCUUGUGGUGCUGCCUUCCAAGGGCCUGUGGUCCAGAACCCCUGCUUCGUGAACUCUGUCCAUCCUGAGGACUCCACAGGCAAACGUAGCAUGAUGAGCAGCUGGGCCCUCGGGGUCUCUUCUGGACUGCUGAAAACACAACCUUCCUUGCUAGCUGCAUCAGACAGGUGGCCGUUCUCAGAGCCAGUCGCUGGAGAGAAGCUUCCCAGGGACACAGGACAGGAGAAAGAGUCACUGGUGCAAUGUGUGCAGACAUUUUGCUGUCAGCUGGAAGAGCUGAUCUGCUGGUUGUAUAGUGUCACAGAAGUUGCUGACCUCAAUCCUCCACCCAGGGCCACUCUUACGGGUCUCAAGGCUUCUCUGCAGCUUUACCGGCAAUUUAAGAAAGAUAUAGACAAACAUCAGUCCCUGACAGAAAGUGUCCUGGAGAAGGGAGAGAUUCUUCUUCAGUGCCUGACGGAUAACACCCCAGGCAUAUCCCGGGUGGAGAUGGAGUCAUCAGCCAAGUGGGCUCUUGGGAAGAAAACUCAAAAACUCCUCAGAAGAGCCGUUCAACCGUGAAGGCAGGGGAGAGACUCAACUUUAGUGUACUUGCUUUAAGAUGCCUUUCCAUCUCUGAAGAUUCUUGAGUUACUGUUCUCAUUACAGUGAAUCCCUCCAAAUGAAGGCUUUUCCUUUUGGUGCUUCUCUACCAAAAAUACAUGGCUUUACAGUGUUGAUAAAAUACUAGGAUUUGCGGGUCUCAUGUACCCCCUUCUGUUCAAAAAACAGCAGUUAAAACAUGUUGAGGUUCCAAGUACUUAGAACGGAUUCUCAGAUGUACAAGGGGAUGUUGGGUCUAAGAGUGAGGAAGUGGGUGAUCAAACCUUGGAUCUUCAUCAAGUGCAGACUGGAAUUUUGUACAUUCUGAAGAUUCUCAGCUAGCAGACAUGUUAGCCUUUAAUCUGCCACAGAGACACUCAAGUCAGUAGACCCUCUACAGAGCCCUUUGGACAACAUGACAGCAGGGGCCAUCUUUAGUGGUUAGUCUCUACCUUCUUCCUUAACUAUUUUAUGAAAAUGCAUCAGAGAGCUGGAGGCUGGUGUCAUGCUUCUGGAAGGGAACGAAGCAAAUGGUCAAGCUUUUGCUUACCUCUGGGGCACUCGGUCGGUCCUCUGCUCCACUUUCCCCUGGAAGACUAGACAGAGGAAGGGGAUGGCUACAGCCACUGUCUGUCCUUACAGAAAUUAAAGCAGCCUGUGCUGAUGAGAAAAGAGAAAGUCUUUGUUUCUUGGGAGUUAACCGGUAGUCUAGCCUUGUCAGGGGGAAAAAAAAUCCAUGGAUCAGUAGUUCAAAGCAUCAGUUGCAACUUUUGAAGCAGAGUGAUUAUAUGCUGGUUACCACAAAUUCCACCAAGUAUCAAAGAUGGGUUUUUCAGCUUAAAAACAAAAACAAAAAGAUUUUAAAAGAUUAACUCCUUAGACAGAUAUGGUGGUGCAGACUUCAAUCCUAGCCCUUGGAAGGAUCUUUUGAGGCCAGCCUGGUCUGUAUUAGGGUUCCAGGCUGGCCAGGGCUAUAGAAUGAGAAAAAGAUUACUACUUGGUAAGCUAUACAUACAUGAAGUACAGUGUUUUCACAUGCCUGCUGCCCCGCUACACAGUAUGGCUUAUGGUUAAUGUUUAUGGGCAAGACCCAAAUUAAACUGUUCUGAUUCUGCCAUCUUAGUCAAGCUUAGUUCCUACAUUGUACAUGGUGAAUAAUGUGCUUUCAAAAGGCAAAAGGAAAUGCUUUUCUAGCUAUUGAGAAUUGGUUAAAAAUCAGUACACUAACUAUUUGAUGUGGCUUUAAGUUGCCUUCCCAUCAGUAUGUUAGAGCAGCCCUCAGAAAGUAAGCCCAUUUGACAGGCCUGAAAGUCAGUGAGCAUGAAACCUGAAGAUGGCAGGACCUACAGAACAGAAGUGCCCGCUGCAUCCAGCGAGGCGCUCCUGUUCUCGUCAGUGUAAUUGGUCAGCUCAACUGACAUGUUCAUUUUGGAAUACACUGUUUCCCAACAAAGCACUACCUUGCCUGAAGAUGGUCUAUGCAUUUGCUCAUCCUCUUUGUAACAAAAAGAUACUUUCUUUGUGACUAAAAGGUGCAAACUCUGACCUUGGCUGUGAAUGCCACUUAGGAAUAUCAACACAAUUGUUAAUUAUAUCUUCUGCUGUGUGUUAAGAACUUUUGAGCUGAAAUUGUCUCAGCGUAGGAUGAUGCCAUCAUUUCCACGUGCAAAUGUGGCCAGGGUAGAUUGACAUGACCAUGCAUGAUAGGAUUUAUACAUGGUCCCUUAAAGUUCAUUUGCGUUCACAAUAAAGUAGCAUUUCAACGCAGGGUUCUUGCGGGUCUACAGCUAACCUCCAGCACAAAACAAAGAGGCUUCAAAGACAGGGCUGUUCUUAAACGGAGCCCAAAAGAGGAGUGGGGGUGCAAGGUAUGCUGAAUGGCUAAGUAUGUGCUUGAGGGGAAGUCUACCCAAGUAAGCACAGCAAGUUUGCGUGAGCCCAGUGACUACUGUUCGUUCAGGAUUCCAGCCAUGGCCACCGAGUAGAAUGUUCUUCAUAUUAUGCAAGUUACUGUGUGGUAGCCACUUUUUAUUUCUAAUACAGUAUUUCUUUAUUAUGUCAACAAAUUAAAGCCCCCAAUGGUCUUGAAAUGCUUAUACUUGAAAAAUAGGAUAUGUUCCCCCACCCCCAAGACUGCAUUUAUUGGCACAUACAUAAAAGCAAAUAGUGAAGUGUGCUGAAAUGGUGUUAUAAGCCCUAAUCUUGCUGCCUGUGGUGGAAAAACACUAGAAUUUUACAAAGUCUGUAAAUAUGUUUGUAUUAUAAAUGUUUUCUGCUAAUAAAGAAUAAGCCGACAGUUUGAACAACUUUUGCUGUUGUAAAAUUAAAGUGCAUGGCAUCACUUUGUCUUA